AUGGACGACGCUGGUAACUGGGCCGACACGAAUCCUAACGCUAUCCGUCUUCUUAACGAGUUAGCUCCGUCUCAGCAGACUAUCAUCAGCUUUACAAGCUUGUUCUGUACACGAUUUGAGUCCCUUAUCGAGUUCCACAGCGGAGUACGAGACCAGCCACCACAGCUACCGGAGCAGCCUGUCAUACCAGUGCAGCCUACUCCACAGCUACCAAAGCCUACUCUGCAGCUAUCAAAGCAGCCAAUGCCAGUCAUACCACAGUCAGCUCCAUCAGUACCAGAGCAGCCUACUCCAGAGCUACCAAAGCCUACUCUGCAGCUAUCAAAGCAGCCAAUGCCAGUCUUACCAGAGCAGCCUGUCGUACCAGAGAAGCCUGUCAUACCAGAGCAGCCUACCGUACCACAGCUGUCAGAGCUACCACAGCAGCCUACUCCACAAGUACCAGAGCAGCCAGUCCUACCAGAGCAGCCUACCCUACAGCUACCAGAGCAGCCCGUCAUACCACAGUCAGCUCCGUUAGUAUUACGGCAGCCUAUCACAUCAGUCCUACCACAGCAGCUACCUCAGCCCGAUUUCACGUUUACACUCACACACCUCACUCAGCAGUCCGAUACUACCUUACACUACUGGUUCUGGCCUAUCAUGGGGGUUGGUUAG